UGCACAGACACUGAGCAAGACAGAGCUGGAGGGGGUACAAGGUGAAGUGCCCCCAGUCCUGUCACCCACCAGUUUCAUUUUAGGGACCUGUGAGGUCACCAAUUUCUCAGCAGUCAUCAAAACGUAGGAAACAUGAGAUGGGGGAGUAGAGAGUGGAACAGCAGAGAAAAGGAAAGGAGGCAGAGACCCUGGCAGUGAUGAAGUCAUGGUAAAUCUGCUCCCUCUGUGCUGAAAAGGAACCUGCUACACGGCAGCCCCAGCAGAGAGAGGAAGUCAGCGCAGGCCACCUGCACCAACACCACAACAUGACUUUCACCAGGAUGCUACAUGUCGCAGCUCUGUUCCUGAUGCAAGGGGGGUUUCCAGGAGCUGGCAGUGAAACCAUAACUCUAAAGGAAGGAGAAGACCUAAAUCUCCGCUGUACCCUCAACGGUGACGACAGUUCUGCCCGGCAGUGGUUAAACCCUCAUGGGUUUGCCAUUUUUCUAAACACCCAACAAGCGUUAAGAGAUCAGAGGUACAAACUUAUCCAUUUUUCAAAGGAUGAAUUAUCCAUCCAACUGUCUAACGUAACAGUGCAUGACGAAGGCGUAUAUAAAUGCUUCUACUACGGCAUCCCGUUCAAAAGCAAGAACAAGACUGUUGAGGUAUUAGCUGCUCCUUCUAAUCCAGUACUGGACGUAUCCAGAGACACAGAGAGAAACAUUACACUGUCUUGCUAUACCCAUGGAUGUAAGCCACAGCCCCAGAUUACCUGGCUGCUGGACAACGGGAUAGAGCUCCCUGGUGACUCUAAACACAAGUUAGAAGCUGAUGGGAAGAAAUGGACCACAACCAGCACCCUGACAGUCCUUGCCUAUGGGCCCAAUUCAACAGCCAGCUGCAUCGUUCGACACAAAGCACUGACAGAAGAGAGGCUGAUGGCAUCUUUCCAGUUUGAGGACAUCCCCAAGACAGUGACAAAAACAAAUCCUGCACCAGCUGUGCUAGAGGUGGAUACACGUGUCUCUGAGAACGAGCAACCUACAGGAUUCGAACAACCAGCUGUCCCUUCUGAUUUACCAGAGGAUCCAGUAGUUACCAGCUCAGCUCCAACACCAACCCAGCAAAACCUCCAGCCAGAUGUCACAUCUACUUGGUCCAAAGUCACACCAGCUGCAGCAGAAAAGGAGGAAUUUUCCGGUUCGUCAAGUUAUCGUGUCCCCAAGGGGAGCGAAACAGCAUUCAGUGGCAAUGUCACAGAAGAGGCACUUUCCAGGACAGAAGCCCCACUACCAAGUGAAAAUGUAACUGUGAUUUCCAUCAUCACCUUCGAGAAAGACCUGAAAUCUGAAGGCAUCAAAAAGAAGGAGAAUAACCUCUUGCUGCCCAUCUUGGUCGCUGCUCUGAUUUUUGUGCUGCUUAUCAUUGUCUUGCUUUUUAUGAGGAAGCUGAAAAAAGCUCAUGGAGUGUGGAAGAGAGAACAUGAUGUUUCAGAGCAGACGCUUGAGAGUUAUAAAUCCAAAUCUAAUGAAGACAGUCCAGGCAACGAGAAGAACGGACAAGUUGUCAAUCAGAAGUCCAACACGCAAUAUGUAACAGAAGGAUAUGUGGAAACAACGUGGAAGAAUCAAAAAGACAACACUGCAAUACAUGAGAAACAGUUUGGUUGUGGAAAGGAAACAGACAUAUAGCAAUGGCAAAUCUGUAUGGUGUGCAGAAACACCACUGUUUUCUGAUAUUUAUAUAAAGUGUUCAGAUAUCAAUAUGAUUUCAGGGAACAGAAGUACAAAUAGCUACCCUGAAUCUAAAAGCCAACUGGGACUGCUUUUCCUUAAACAGCGGGACAGGUAGAUGGGACCUGUGUUCUUGGAAACCUAUUAGCAAUGAACAUUGUACUCCUCAGAGGAUUUCACUAACCAUUGCCAGAAACAGAGCUUGUCGAUCCCAUCUCGGGUCCUAUCCAGUUAAGGUCCUGGCAAGAGAACAUGCAGUUAUCCCUGAGGACCACAGGUGAUGAAGAUAUUCAUGCAAUGCCUUGGCCACCUCUGCUGUGAGCAUGGAAACCUCAGGAGCUGCAAACCCACUGGGACUUGUAUUAUCUUAUUCUGACCCCAAAGCUGACAUCCAGCUAUAUUUAAGCAAGCAGGAAAGCAUCCUGAUGUCCAAAGUGUCCAAAAAGAGAAAGUUGCUCCUCCUUGCUAGGAUUUUUGCCUGGGUUUCUCACCUGUACGAUGAUAACGGUGCUCUCUGUCAUGCAAGACCCCAUUGGCACCGGGUUGCAAGGGGCCAUGAAACCCAAAUGCCAGGGUGCUGGAGCUGCACAGCUCCCCACGUGGCCGGGGCCUUACGGCUGUGAAACCCAAACUCCAGGGUGCUGGAGCUGCUCAGCCCCCACACGGCCUGGGCUUCCUGGGGCCUUACGGGGAACGUGGCAGCCUCCAGGCGAGGGGCUGGCAAAGGCACAGCGGGUGCACAAGGUUACAGCGGGACUCCCCGAAGCCAGGGACAAAGCCCUUCGCCUGCCAGCAGGCAAGCCAGGAGUAUCGCCAAGGCCGGGCUGCCAUCGCCGGGAGCUUUUUCUGUCGAAGAAAAAUAAAACUAUAUUCCUAAAAUAAGGGAAACUUACAUUACCACAGAAAGCUGGCUUCUUUUACUUUUUUUUUCUCAUUAGAGAUUAUGAUUUCUCACUACAAGUAAAGAAAAUUCUGGAAACUG